AUGAGUCAGAAAGAGUUAAAUUUGAGACAACGAGGAUGGAUUGAGCUUCUUAAAGAUUAUGAUAUGGUAAUUGAUUUUUAUCCCGGGAAAGUAAAUGUGGUAGCUGAUGCUUUGAGUCGGAAAACGAUCUCAGCUUUACGAGCUUUAGAUGCGAGGUUGUCAUUAAAUGGAGAUGGUGCAUUACUUGCUGAGUUAAAGCUUAAGACAAUUUUGUUGGAUCGAAUUAAAGACUUACAAAGUAAAGAUGAUAAGUGUUUGAGAAGAGUGGAGCAAGUGGAAAAUGAAAGGAAUAAGGAUUUUGAAGUUAAGCUAGAUGGCCAUCUUUAUUAUCGUGGAAGGCUUGUUAUUCCGGAUAAUGUGGAAUUGAAGAAUGACUUGUUGACAGAAGCUCAUUAUAAUCCGUUGACUAUGCACCUAGGUGAAAAUAAGAUAUAUAUGGAUCUUAAAAGUCGCUAA